AUGGCGAGCAGACGGGCCAAACUGGAUCUGGAGCGCGGGUGGCCGCAGCUGGAGCGCCCGCUUUGCGGGCGCGUACCGCUGGACCCGCGCGCCGCGCCGGAACCGCCGGCAGCGGGCGGCGCGGCUCCGCCGCCAGAGGCGCUCGCGCAUCGGGGGCACGGUCAAGGCAGCGGCAGGAAAGCGCUGAAAGGGCACAUGCUCUGCGGGCGCCAGCCUCUGCCCGCGCCGGCGCAACUGGAGCGGCCCCCGUGCGGUCGCCCGCCGAUUGGCCCGCGCCCUGCGCUGGGGCCGCCGCCGGAGGACGAGCCGCUGGCGCGGCCGGGGCAAACUACUGGGCAGAAGCGCGCUGGAGUCAUUAUCUGGGCGAUGCCGUUGGAGCGCUUCCCCUGCGGGCGCCAGCCGCUGCCCCCGCGGGCCGCUUGCUGGGGCACCGCGCGGCUGGGCGGCGACUCGAUAACCGCCAGGUCGACCGCCGGCGGCGUCGCGCAACCGCGCCGGGCGCCGCCCGAGCGCUCAGGCGCCGCCGCGGUGCCGCUUCGCGCGGAGAGAUCGCGCCGGCGCGAACUCGGCCGGGGCAAGCGCCGGGCGGGCAUCGCCGCCGCAGGGAAGCGCGCGCCUCGCGGCGGCCGCGCCGCUGGGUUUCGGCGGAAGGCCGCCCUCCGCUGGAAAGACAAGCGGGACGAGGGCAUUGCGCGCGCCGCCAAGUGCUGGGGCAACAUUCUGGCGAGCACUGGCGGCCCCACGCAGGAGCUGCUUACCGCGAUGCCCCCAGACCGUAGGGCAAGGCAUCUGCAGAGGAUGCUCCGGCGAUGGAGCCACACCACGCUGCAGCGGCACGCGUCCAACGUCAUGGCAUUCACCGUGUGGCACCGGGCAAAGCGAGAAGGCUCGCCAUUCGCGGCGCUCCCGAGCUGCGAGCAGGCGACCCUCCGCCUGAUCGAUUACGUCGAUGACUUCAUUGACGCAGACGUCAACGCGACGGUGCCGAAGGCGCGGCUGGCUUCGUUGGCGUUUCUGGCCAGGCUUGCCCAGAUCAGCGACCGGCUGCCCACGGAACACGUCGCCGUCAGCACGGCGGCGGCAGCCCAUUACCGGGAAACAGCAACAGCGGGGCAUAGGGCACGCGCUUACACGGUGGAGCAAAUCCGCACCUUGGAAUGCGCUGUCAAAAAGCCCCCGUCUGCGCUGUCGCGGAUCACCGCGAGGAACGAGCUCAGGAAAGUGCACGCAUCCCUGCGCAAUGAUGACAGCAUCUGGGACUCACCGAGCGCCUGGCGCGCUGCGGGCGGCGAGCGCGGCUUCCUGUACGGGACCGCGCACAAGACCAAGGGCGCGGAGGCCACCAGCACGCGCCUCAGCCCAGAGAUGCCCUGGUCCGCGCCGCUGCGGGGCGUCUGCACCGAGCCUUCGCGGUGGGCGCAGGGAUACCUUGAGGACUGCGCCGAGCUCGGCAUCGCGGAUCAGGAGUACGCUGCGCCGGCCCCGUGGGCCGCCCGCGCUCGGCUAAUUCCCCCGGGGGCCACGGAACCAGACGAAUGGGUCACGCAGGUCCGAGUCGUCCUGCAGGAGGCCGGAAUCCCACGAGAACAGGCGGCGGGCAUUUCGCUUCACUCGGGAAAGAAAACCGCACUGACAUGGGCGGGCACGUCGGGGAAGUUCUCGGAAGCAGACCUUGCGAUACUCGGACACCACCGCAGCGCAGGGGUGGGCAAGUGCGUGCGGGCCUACAAUAUGUCAGAGCUCUCCGCGCCGAUAGCCAAGCUCGCCUCACUGCUCGAAGACAUCGCAGCAGGGAAAUUCCACCCCGACGCGCCACCGGGCCUUCAGUGGGGCCCGGCGCCACAGCAGCCCGUGCCAUUGCAGCUGCCAGCGCGCCCAGACGCCGGCCGGGGCCCGAGCGACGCCGCCAGCCAGGACAUGCCCGCAGCAUCGCCGCGACAACGCCAAGCCCGCCGAGGCGCAGGCGCCCCAGCCCCCGGGGCCGCGCCGGACCUGCGGGUGGGAUGGCCACGCGAAGGCGAGUCCGCGGACGAAGCCCCCAAGGCACGGCUCGGGUUCCUUGUCAGCGACAACAUCAAUCCCAGCAGGCCUCGGUACGUGCACGAGGCGAUCAUCGCCCCCGCAGCGGAUUCCAAGCGGAGGCGCACGGCCCGCCUGAGGGCCCAGACGCCCCACGGAGUCGUAACGACCCUGUGCGACAACACCCUGCAGAGCGCCUCGUGGUCGCAGGAGUGCCCCCGCGGUGCCGACCUCCGCACCUGCCUA